UCAGCGCCCGCUGCUCCGGGGCCGGGCCGCGCCGCGCCGUGCCGCGCGCCGACCACCGGGCUGCGCAGGGCCUGUCAGCGCCUCGGGGGAGGCCCUGACAGCUCCGUGGUGCUGACCCGCUUCCUUCCUUCCCUCUCUUCGGUCCUCUCCCCCCCCCUCCGCCCCCCAAAAACCCCUUUUCCUUCCUCCCUUCCGCCCGCCCAUCGCUGACAUCCUCCUCCGGUCGCCUCCUCCCAACCCCCCCAUCCCCCCCCCCGCCCCGGGCUGCGCGGCCCCCGCCGCCUCUGCGAGCGCUGCGCACAUCGCCCGAGCCUGCAGCACCGAGCGAAUGUAUGAAAACAUGUCCACAAUGGUGUAUUUAAAGGAAGAGAAGUUGGAGAAGCUUACUCAAGAUGAAAUCAUUGCCAAAACUAAGCAAGUGAUUAAUGGACUAGAGGCACUGAAGAAUGAACACAACUCAAUUUUACAGAGCUUACUAGAAACACUGAAAUGUUUGAAGAAAGAUGAUGAAACUAAUCUGGUUGAAGAAAAAUCAAACAUGAUUCGAAAGUCACUGGAAAUGCUGGAGCUUGGCCUUAGUGAAGCACAGGUAAUGAUGGCCUUGUCAAAUCACUUAAAUGCAGUGGAAUCAGAGAAGCAGAAAUUGCGUGCUCAGGUUCGCCGGCUAUGCCAGGAAAAUCAGUGGCUACGGGAUGAACUAGCCAAUACACAACAGAAAUUACAGAAAAGUGAACAAUCUGUGGCUCAACUGGAGGAAGAAAAGAAACAUCUAGAAUUCAUGAAUCAAUUAAAAAAAUAUGACGAUGAUAUUUCACCAUCAGAGGAUAAAGAUACGGAUUCCACCAAAGAGCCUUUGGAUGACUUAUUUCCCAAUGAUGAAGAUGACCAAGGACAAGGAAUUCAACAGCAGCAUAGCAGUGCAGCAGCUGCUGCCCAACAAGGUGGCUAUGAAAUUCCAGCAAGGUUAAGGACACUUCAUAAUCUUGUUAUUCAGUAUGCUUCCCAAGGUAGAUAUGAGGUUGCUGUACCUCUCUGUAAACAAGCUCUUGAAGAUCUGGAGAAGACUUCAGGUCACGAUCAUCCUGAUGUUGCCACUAUGUUGAACAUACUUGCUUUGGUGUACAGAGACCAGAACAAAUACAAAGAUGCAGCAAAUCUCCUGAAUGAUGCCUUGGCUAUCCGUGAAAAGACUUUGGGCAAAGAUCAUCCAGCGGUGGCAGCAACUCUAAACAAUCUUGCAGUACUUUAUGGUAAACGGGGAAAGUACAAAGAAGCUGAACCAUUGUGUAAGCGAGCUCUGGAAAUCAGAGAAAAGGUCCUGGGGAAAGAUCACCCUGAUGUUGCCAAACAAUUAAAUAACUUGGCUUUACUAUGUCAGAACCAGGGUAAAUAUGAGGAGGUUGAAUACUACUAUCAGAGGGCACUGGAAAUUUACCAAACUAAGCUAGGACCAGAUGAUCCAAAUGUUGCAAAAACAAAGAAUAACCUGGCAUCCUGCUAUCUAAAACAGGGCAAAUUUAAGCAAGCGGAAACUUUAUACAAAGAGAUUCUUACUCGUGCUCAUGAACGGGAAUUUGGCUCUGUAGAUGAUGAAAAUAAGCCUAUUUGGAUGCAUGCAGAAGAGAGGGAAGAAUGCAAAGGAAAGCAAAAAGAUGGCACAUCUUUUGGAGAGUAUGGUGGCUGGUACAAAGCUUGCAAAGUUGACAGUCCAACAGUAACAACUACCUUAAAGAACCUUGGGGCACUUUACAGACGACAGGGCAAAUUUGAAGCUGCUGAAACAUUAGAAGAGGCAGCAAUGAGGUCUCGUAAACAGGGUCUUGACAAUGUUCAUAAACAGAGAGUUGCUGAAGUGCUGAAUGACCCUGAGAGCAUAGAAAAAAGGCGAAGCCGAGAAAGCCUCAAUGUUGAUGUGGUAAAGUACGAGAGUGGUCCUGAUGGAGGCGAGGAAGUGAGUAUGAGCGUAGAAUGGAAUGGGGAUGGCACUGGAUCUUUAAAACGCAGUGGUUCCUUUAGCAAACUUCGUGCUUCCAUUAGACGCAGCAGUGAGAAGCUGGUUAGAAAGCUGAAGGGAGGAAGUUCACGGGACAGUGAACCAAAGAAUCCAGGCAUGAAGCGUGCCAGUUCUCUGAAUGUUCUUAACAUGGGUGGCAAGGCUACUGAAGAUCAUUUUCAAGAACGAAAUAAUUGUCUGACAGACUCAAGAGCUCUAAGUGUCAGUCAUACUGAUUUGGCGCAUUGAGAUUCUUGGACAGAAGCUAGCUAAUAUUCCUUUGUGAAUAAAGAAGCACUGAGACCUUCAAAGCUUUGGUUCCUCAUCAUUAUGUAUAGGAACAUCUAGUUUGUAGACUUUUGGGUUUUUUUCCUCCAAUGGACUGCUGUUUUUACUUUUCUAAAUAGGGACAAUUUUAAACACAGCAUUAGUGGGUAUUUUCUUCUACAGGAAAACUAUAUAGAUAUAUAUUGCUCAUUGCACUGCUCCCAUUCAUGCUACUUAAAGUUGAUUUCUUUAAUACAUCUGAAUAUUACAGCAGCCAAAAAAAUUUAAAAAUACAAACAUAUUUAAAGCAUACCAAAAUGCAAAUGUGUUUGAAAAUGCAGGCAAAAUUAAAUGUGUAGCGCUAAAUAUAUACAGUGCUGGAAUGAGAAAAGGAUACAUUUAUGCGCAUUACUGUAUAAAUUCAGAUUGAGCAUACUGUAUUGGUGGGGCUUUCCUUUGCACCACUGAUUAAUGUUAGAAACCUUAGCUGGCAAAACAGCACUUAGACACGGCUUACUUAACCACUAGAUCGAGCUGUUAAAUUUUACAGAAGAGAUGGUUGGGGUUACAUUACAUACAGAUAGCAUGAAUAGCAAUACCUGUGACCAGAACUUUCAUGCUUGUUGAUAUACGUCUUAGGGCACAAUAGGCGAUAGAGACAGGACAGUUCAUGUUGAUCAGGAGAAAUGGAAAUUGUUUUGACCUUUGCCUUGUAUGGUUGAAGAAUACUGAAGUUUUGGACUGCAACUGUCCCAGAGCAGCUGCUGUUGCUCUUAGGGAGACAUCAAGCCUCAGGUUGACUUUCUUGCUUGUCCACUGGAAUUCACAAUCCCAUUCUCUGUAUGCUGAAAGUGCUCCAACAUUUCCUUACGCUGAUCCCAAAUCCUGCUUUUCUCCGUAACAGCUGAUGACAGCAGAAGCAGGCAACUGCACGCUAGGCUGUUACACUGUGGAGUAGCUGCUGUGCAAAGGACCACUCAAAUCCUAAGGGCCCCAGUGGAAGCACUAGAUGGCUGUAAGUGGCAAGCAACUUGUUUGACCACACAUCCAUGUUAAAUCUACUUACGGUUAAUAUAUAUGCUGUCUGUAUACAGGACUGCUGCUGGAACAAAGUAUGUAUGUUUUAAGUAUUUUAUAGAUGCUAGUAUUUCCUUUUGCUUUUCUGUAAAGCUUGUAAUUUUGUUCAUCUUUUAUAAAAAUUCUUAUUCAUGUGAAGCUGGAUGAGAAAGUAAAAAAAACCAACCAGUGUGUGUACAAAUGUAUUUGUGGUCAUAGUUGUGAGUUGGAAAAUGCCGAACAAAAUUAACUUUGGGAAAAGCUGGAAUAUUCAUUCAAGGUUAGCACCAACUGAUGGAGGUAAAACAUAGUGACAUAAGCAAGUUUUAGUAUUUGAACAAGGUGUGAAGAGUCAUUAGAAUUAGUACUUCGUAGAAGUAUUUGAGUGGCUUUGCAUCUGGUCUUAAGUUGUGUUACAAUACCCGAUGCAAAAAGUUGUAUAUGUAAUGCACUUGACUAUGUUUACCAGGAGGUACCUUAUUAGCAUCUCUUUAAAGCAAGCUGUGUAUGGUAUAACUGCCAUAAAGACAGUUUAGAAAUGGUGAGAUAUGAUGCUGCUAAUAUAUAGAAGUUUUAGCACAGAGUAGUGCAAUUCAUUAAAGAACUUGAGCAAGAACAGAUUGUUGCUCAGUUAUCUUAACAAUAUAUACUCAUAAUGUAGACUCUUGAGUUUUAAUCUUUUUAUUAAGAGCUUUUUAUAGUAAAAAAUACAUAAUAUAUAUACUUUUUUUUCCCCCCUAAAGCAAAACAUGUUAUAUACACCCAUUGGUGAAGUCAGUUCUCUGCACAAAGCCAGACCGAGCUUGUUUUGCAGAAGGAACUGUACCUCAGGUUGCCAGGCUGGGUGGGUGCCCGUCUCCAACCGAGAGUCAGGCCGGGGAGGCGGCAGGAGAACCCUCUGCCACAGCCGUCACCGCUGCGGUGGCGUCAUCUGUCCCUCCGGCCGUACCGUGAGAAACUCUCGCUGCAAACACCCCUCACAGUCAACCGGUUUCACACCAGCACGAUGCUACUGCUAUAGGAGUGGCUCAGCGGGCCUUGGAACACGCGUUUCUGUAGAGCUUGAUGUUUCACUCAGAGACCGUUAUAAAAGUCUGGCUUCCAAAAAACCCACAAAACUAGACACAGAACUGAUUUUGGUAAUAAGGAAUUACUUAAAUUGAAAAAUGUAUUUCCCACAUUCAUCUUUCAACUUUGAAGGAAAAUUAUUUUUGCAGCUCCCCCCCCCCCCAAAAAACCAAAACCCAAAAAACCCCACCCAAACUUGUGUAAAUAGCAAUAAAAUAUUUAACCAUGCCAUUACAAUUAAACAUUAAAAUGCAAGACCGUGGUAUGUUGAUGGUGAUAGUGAGGAAACUUCCUCCUUUAGGAAGGAAGUACUCCUUCCUAAAGAUCCUCCUUUAGUAGGAUUGUACUGUUGAUGGCAUUACUAGUACUGUGCUUUUAAAUGUUUUAAACCUUUAUAUAGUAUUUUAAAGUGUUGGAAGAUUUAAGUUGUUGAGCUACUGCUUAUUAAACAAUUCUUAUAUUUAAAAGGUUAAUUUUUUUUUCAGAGAAGAAACAAAUUUCCAGACUUACUUAAUCCAUAAAUCCCCAAGAAUGAUAGCCAAGUCCUUACAGUUAUGAGCCAGUGAGCUGUUUGCAGUUUGAGAAGAACUUGUAAAGUACAAAAACAAAGUUAAGGUCAACAUUCCUUGUGCUUGAAUCAUGAAUGAAUUACUGUCAGGACAUGGUUUGUAUACAUGUAAAUUUCAGGUGGCCUUCUCAGUUUGCUUUUAUGUAAGAUUUUCUUUCUGAAUUUCCUCUGUUCCAAUUGUAGCCAACAGUCUGCGUAAAGUAUAAAACCGGAAUACCUAAUUGUAUAAUUCUUGGAUGUCUUCAGUACCAAACUAAAUCAACAGCUCUGUUGAAACAGAAAACUAGAAAAGACCCUCAAAAUUGACAGACAUCUUGUUAGAAACUAAGUGCAACUGUGGUAGUGCUGUUGUGUUUUUAAUCUAGCAUGUUUGUCCUUGCCCAGAAUUGUAAGCGUGAACUUCAUUAAAAACAUAACGGGGACUCCAGGUUAGGCCAGUUCCUCUAGAUUCUCCUACGAACAGUGGCUCGCUCUUCUGGGGCAUACAGUCAGGGAGGGUUGCAUGUAGGAUGAAUGACACAUUGAAUUGUUACUGAUAGAGAGGUGCCUGUUGCCCUUCUGUCUUGCUGUGUGCUAGUCUUUAGGAAUAUUGGCAAUAUUUGGUCUUGAGUUUAGAUCUUAUUAAAUAUCAUUGUAAAAUGUAACUGUUUCAUGAUUUGCUCCUCUUUCAGAGGAAUAACUGAACUAUUGGUGUGAUGUUUGUGCUUGCAGUACUGCAGUGAUAGAACAUAGCACUUAAACAACGGAAAAACAAUUGGACAUGUUACCUAGAGUUUGUACCUUUUCUUAAAACAAGCACCUCCUGCCCCAUCCCUGCAAGCCCUCCUGAAUGGUAGUAACUUAAAAUGGUUUUAAGCUUGAGAAGUAUUUGUGCUUAAAUUGUAUCAUUUGAAUCCAGUAAUUUUGAAAAUGGCGUGGUCCUGUUGUAAAUAUAUAGUAAAAGGGGUGUGCAGUGCUUUGUUGAAAGUGUGUUUACAAUACUUGAUGAGUUCAAGUUAAUUUAGUUUUUGUUAUGCAGGUCAUGUAUUUUGUCUGAAAGCUGCUAAGAGAAUUGCAUUUUCAUUAAUGUUAGCCUGUACUGAGAGAAUAAAUGUUAAAAGAUGUGAUGCCAUGAAGUUUACAGUUUCAUUGUGGCAAAUUUACAGUGUCACAGACUUACGGAAGUAUUGGUAUAAACAUUGGGUUUUGGUGUUUUUUGGUUUGGUUUUUUUUUUUUUUAAUAGUUUAGAAUUGAGGGAAAUCUUGAAGAUCUACAUUUGAUUAUUUUUCCCCUCAAACCAUUCACAAUAGUCUCAGUACACUGAAUAGCCAAGGUCGGUAGUUUUGGUUUUGGUUUUUUUUUUAAAAAAAAGCCCAAAACAACAAAGCAAGAAGCAAAACACAGUGCCACCAUCUGAUAGAAGUCAAAAGACCUGAGCUGUUGAGAAGAUGCUUAUGCUUAUAAUGAAGUUGCAAACCUCUUUUUUAGUUAUGGCUGCUUUUAAGUAAGAAGUAUUUAGAGAACUAUAGUUGGAAGUUCAUUUAACGCUCCAGCUACAUCAAAAAGCUGGAAGCUGCUCUUAACAGUUGUGCUGGACACAUGAGAGAGACUAAAUUGUAUACAGCAUGGAACAAGCAUAGCGAAGCAGUUUUUAAAACCAGAUCGAUCCUUAGGCUCCCUGUAUUUAUACUUGAGUCCCUAUUCAAGCACAGAAAGUUACUGAGUCUUUAGUUUUAAAUUAUGUAAUAGAAGCAUUAUACAGUAGCGGUGGUAGGUUACAGUAUAAUUAAGCCAGAGGAGUUCUAUGCAAUCAGGAAUGGUAUUUUCUGUUUUCUAGGACCUGGUUUAAAGAACAAACCCAAAACCUAACAGCAGCAAAACCACAAAACCAUUUGUAAUGUCAAUGUAUCCUUGAGAACUUCCCCCCCUGCCCCCGCAAAUGUGGAUUUCAUGUUUGAUUUAAGAAAAAUAAUAAACCUUCCAAGAUUGGCUUUAAGAUGCUGCAUUUUGAUCUCCACGUGUAGUUACUGCUUGUCACAGCUAUGGACGAAAUCCUGUUCAGAGUUCACUUGUUUGUCUUACCCCAUAAAACUGUUGAAAAUAAACUUCCACAAAUGUUAUUUGUAACAAAUAGUAGUAAUUCACUGUGAUUUCAUCAAGAAACUUGUAAUGAGAUUGUUUAGUGUGUUUUACUACAUCUGUUUUGUUAAUAGGUCAGUUGUGGAACUUCUUUAUCUUUACCAAGCACAAAUGAAUUUGGUUCUACUUUCCCAAAGCAAUGUUUCCAGAACCCUAGAUGAUCUUUCUGCUGAAAAAGACAUCUUUAAAUACAUCACAGAUCUGUAGAUUAAUUUGAAACUGUUUAAAAGUUUCUCAAGUGUCACUUAACAUUUCUUUUCAAAGUGCAGACAAAUAUUUAAAUGUAGUAUUACAGGAUAAAGAUGAUAUACCUAAUACAUUCUAGAAUGUAAAUCUUCUUUGUAAAAAUUACUUCAAUUUUUUCCUGUAUAGAAACAAAUCUCAGUUGUGAAAUCCAAAGAUGAAUAAAGCUGUAUAAAGGGAA